AUGACGGCGGAGGGCCACAACGUCGACGCGAACCUUCUGGGUAUAGGUCGCGAUCACGGCCACUACUUCUCGAAAAAAACAUUUGGCAAGCCCACGUACUGUCACCAUUGUUGCGAUAAAAUAUGGGGCAUGCUCACGCAAGGAUACGCCUGCGAGGUGUGCAACUUUGUGUGUCACGAGAAAUGUCUAAAAACCGUCGUGUCUUACUGUAGCGGGGUAGCACUGCAGCUUAUCAAGGUAAGACUCAUUGUGGUAGAGUUAGUGAACAAAGUUUUUGUUUGCUCACAGAGGUAGUU